AAGUUGGCAACCUUGAUGCUUACGGAAAUCUGGCCACACUGGUGGCCAAAGCAAGAGGUUAUUUAUGUUUUUUGUAUAUAAACAAUUAACUUUCUAGAAAGGAAAUAACAACAUAAAUGUCUCUGGAAAAGGUGCAGGGAGAAGUCGAGGUGUUUAGAUUGCCUGCAGAUGCAGAAGAAUUCGAAUGGAACAACUGGAAAUUUAAAUACACGAAAUCCCACAUCUUGCAUUCUCUUUGCACUUCUCCGGAAAAAUGUAAAAAUCAACCUGUAGAUCAAUGUUUGCUAUGCCUCUACUCCAACGGCCUAGAAUUGCCUCACUUACCGGAAAUGGUAUUUCCUAGAAAUGUACUCACAGUAAUUCAUCCAAGUGGAGGCAAAAUUGAAUUCAACACCUUUGAUGCUCUCAAAAAAGUUUGCAAUGGCAAACCACACAUUCAGGUUUCCUAUUCUGAAGAAUGGAAAGGAUCAAGACCGGCUGAGCAUUUGGGAGAAAAAUUAAAACCGUUUGAUUGGACAUUCAGCACAGAUUAUUGCGGAACCUUGAGCGCUAACGCCCACAUUGAACCGACUGAGGAGAUAAUAGACAUGGAAAUGUUAAAGCAAAAAGAAAAGAUCCUGUUCUACCAUGAAAUGAUGCUCUAUGAAGACGAGCUGCAUGAUAACGGAAUAUCAUCAUGCACCAUUAAAAUUAGAGUAAUGCCCAGUUCUUUUUUCAUUCUGUUGCGAUUUUUUCUGCGAGUAGACGGCGUAAUGGUGAGGGUGAACGACACCAGGGUGUUUCAUGAUUUCACAAAAAAUUUCAUUAUAAGAGAGUACACUAAUAAAGAAUGUGGAGUAAAGGAACUGAAGCUGCCCUUAACUCUAUUCGGAGAUCCCAACUCGUUAUCGCCACACAUGCCGCUUCGGACUUCUAUUGUCGAAAAAAUCACUUUUCCAGGAGAAACAUAAUGUAAUAUUGAAUACAUAGGUAUAUGUUGAAGGCUGCGCCCCAUUAUAUUUUGUAGCUCAAGCAAAUAAAUAAGAAAGCUAGUUUAAA